AUGGAGUACCAAGUCAUUGCUUCUUUUGUCAACAACUCGAAAAGCCGCGCCUUUCGCAACAGCAAUCUCGACAAUCUUGACAACGAUGUACAACCACCCCCUCAUCGCUCUCCGAAUAGCUUUGACCUUUUUUCUCACGGUUCGGAGCCCGAAAACCCUAUGAUGAUUUCUUCAACCGAAACAAACCAUCAAAAUUUACAAGAACAAAAAGGUGCAAGUUCGCAAGAGCCAAUAGUUAUUUCUUCAGACGACGACGAUAACAACCACCACGAAACAGACGAAGAGUCUGGUCUAUUUUCUCCUGACCCAAUUAACAGAACCUAUACUAAUGAUACAACUGAGGGAUAUUUCUCUUUUGAAGACACUGACAAUGACGAUGAUUUGGAGAAUGUAUUAUUUGGGAGUCCUGCAAACAGGACAAAUGAAACUGAAACAAUAGAGAGAAAGUUUAAUUCUUUGUUGUCUCAUAAUGAGGGUAGUGGUAGUAUUAGUAACAGUAACAAUAAUUUUUUUACACAGGACCAGAAUUAUGAAGUAGGAGGACGAGCAGAAGGGAUAAAGCCUUUCUCCGAUAAAAUCGAAGAUAAGAAUAGUACUACUCCUCAGACUUCUAGUAAAUUAAAGACUUUGUCUAAUAAAAGAAAGAAUAGCAGUGAAUUUCAAACAUCUCGUGUUAUGGCUAAUGGUAACGCUCAAUCAGGAAUCAUUCCGUUCCGUUAUGACGAAGUGGUACGAAAUAAAAAAGAACGUCGUCAAUUGAUGGCAGUUUCGUGUCCUGAUUGUUCAAAGUAUUUUGAAAUGACUAGCUCUACUCAACUUCCAGAUUAUGUAAAACCUGUUUGUCGUCAUCCAAAUAAGACCAAUGACAAUGACAACAGCAAUAACUCCGAUACGACCAAAAAUGAUCGUAUUCAACUUCUCUCACGUCACAGACAACGAUUCUCACGUGCGCCUACUCCACCCGGAUUCUGGACAAUUGGCUUUCCGUCUUUAUCCGACGAAGAGAAAAGAAAAAAAGAACUGGAAGAAUAUAAAAGGAGAAGAGAGGCACGAAAGUUAACUGAAGAUGAAUGGGAGAGAUCUAGAAAACGACGAAAUACAUAUCGUAACAGAGUUUAUGGAAGUCAUAUUUCAAAGAAUUAUAAAUCUUCAUCAUCAAAGUAA